AUGGGAUUUGGUGGUCCUCCCCUUGCCGCUGAUAUACAAGCAAAAUGCGGAGGAUUGAUUGAUAUAGAUGAAGCAAACGAUCAUAUCUUUGUCCACCGCUUAACAUUGGACUACCUUAUUCGUAACCGGAGUCUAUGGCUACCCGAGGAAGAUGUUCAUGGCUGUAUUUCUAGGAAAUGUAUAGAAUAUCUCUGUCGUGAUGAUCUUGAUCAUGACGACGGAGGGAUUUGUCUUUCGGAUGCAAGUCUCGAGGCUCGGCUGACAUCAAAUCCCCUUUACAGAUAUAGUGCAAGAAACUGGGGUGAACAGGCGCGUCUAGCAUCCUCUGCAGACGCAGAUCUUGCGAUACGCUUCCUCAACGACGAGAAGAAGCUAGCUGCUUCCAGCCAAGUCUUGAUGGCCUCCAAAAGGAUGAAUACGGAAGCUGGUUAUAGCCAGCGGGUACCCAAAUCUGCUUAUUUCGGACUACAAACGGUGCUGAAAUCGUUGUUGGCUGGUGGGAAUAGAGCGAAUGUGAAGGAUAGUCACAGUUGGCCUCCAUUAUCUUAUGCUGCGGAGAAUGGACACGAAGCAAUAGUCCACCUGCUAUUAGAAGAGGGAGAUGAUAUUGAUUGCGUCGAUAUCAACAGUCGUACGGCGCUGUCCUGGGCUGCUGAAUAUGGGCAUCAGAAAGUUGUAUGCGUCCUCAUCACCGCCGGCGCGGAACUCAACACACAAGACGACAUGGGCCGCACACCUCUGAUACACGCCACUGCUAACGGACACGAGGAUGUAGUUCAGCUACUGCUAGCCGCUAACAGGAUUCAUCCAGAUAUCAAAGAUAUCUAUGGUCGAACAGCAUUAUCACAAGCUGCUUCUCAGGGGUACAAUUCAAUAGUGAAAUUGAUACUGAACUACAGCCCUGAAGUGGACCCUGACUCCAAAGACAUCCAGGGCUACACGCCACUUUCACAUGCCGCUGCUAACGGGCACAAAUCUGUUGUACAGAUGUUACUCGAUGCACAGGGUGUUGAUCCAGACUCAAGAGACAUCAACGGCUUUACCCCGUUGUCGCACGCUGCGGUUAAUGGGCACGCAGAUGUGGUUCAACUCUUGAUUAGUACUGUUCAAGUCGAUAACGACUCAAAAGAUUGCCAUGGUAAUGGAAUAUCACCGUUGGCGUUGAAAAUGGACAUGCACUAG